AUGGCUUCAGCCGCACUGAAAUCGAGCAAGAAAGAGCUCCGUUUAUCCAUCAAAAAGCUGCUAUCAACAGUCCCAAAUGAUUCUGUACAAGACCAAAGUGCGGCUGUCCUUCAUAGACUCAUCAACUUCAAGCCAUAUCAACAGGCCAAACGAAUAGGAAUAUAUCUCGCUAUGCCGACUGGAGAAUUACAAACUGAUGCAAUUGUACGUCACGCCUUGGAAUCCGGCAAACAGGUCUUCGUACCUUACCUUCAUAAAUCUACAUCUCAGUCACCUGAUACACCCCGUUCCGUAAUGGAUAUGGUAGACCUUCGUAACCUUGCAGAUUUCGAAGCCUUGGAAAGAGAUAGUUGGGGAAUACCCACAAUCCGUGCAGAGACUGUGGAUGAACGAGAAAGUAUAUUGAAGAAUGUUUUGAGCAAAGGUGGCCUAGACAUGAUACUCUUGCCCGGUGUAGCAUUUGAUGUUGAUCCUAAAACCAACUUCAUAAGACGCCUUGGUCAUGGAAAAGGGUUCUAUGACUACUUCUUGCAUCGAUACAGGCAGCAAUCAGGGUCACAAAUGACGGAUCCAGUGAAUCCAGGAACAAAUGUAUUGCUCUAUGGUUUGGCUCUUGAGGAGCAAUUCUUGAAGUCUGGAGCUGAAAUCUCAGUGCCAGUAGGAGAGCAUGAUAGUCUUCUCCACGGACUUCUGGUGGGAGAUGGUGAGAUUAAAGAUGGUCUUGUGUGCAGAGACUAG